AAUGCUUCAUUUUUCCCAGCUUGACGAUUCUCACAGAUCUGACAGAUUACACCGCAUUAGACACUUACUUGGUACCAUGAACAACAAUUUUGCAAAGUAUUACAAUCCAGGUGAAGAUUUAUGCAUCGAUGAAAGCGUGGUGCCAUUUCGUGGCAGAAUCAUUUUUCGCCAAUAUAACAAACAGAAACGCCACAAAUAUGGCAUAAAAGAAUUUAAAUUAUGUACUCUACCAGGCUAUACCUACAAAAUAAAUAUUUAUGCAGGCAAAGAAAAUGACCAAAUUAAUACUACGCCAGCAAACGUAGUCAUGUCACUUUGCAGUGGCUUAUUGAACAAGGGACACACCUUGUAUACAGACAACUGGUACACGAGUAUAGAUUUAGCCAGGAAUUUAUUGAAAAAUGAAACGCAUCUAGUCGGUACAAUUAGGAAAAACAGAAAACAUAUUCCUAAAGAAGUUACUACUGCCAAGUUGAAGAGAGGCGAGCAUAUAGCAAGAGAAAGUGACGACGGUAUUACAGUCAUGAAAUGGAAAGAUAAAAGGGACGUGCUUGUUCUUUCGACGAAGCAUUCAGACCGUUUCUUGACAAUCACAAAGCGAGGAAAAGCAGUUUUGAAACCGAAAAUUGUUAUCGAUUAUAAUAGAGCGAAAGGAGCAGUCGAUUUGUCCGAUCAGAUGGCGGCAUACUCCUCGCCACUACGGAAAUCCGUUAAGUGGUAUAAAAAAGUUGGCAUAAACUUGCUGCUAAAUACUGCGGUUGUCAAUGCACUAAUAUUAUAUCAGAUGGUAACUGGAAACAAAAUACAAAUAGUUGAGUUUAGGAAACAGGUACUGAAGGGUUUGUUUAUGAGAAGUGAAGAAACCUCAAACAAUGUUACAAGGCCAAAAAGAAUGAGACAUAAACUUACUAGGAAAGACGGUACUAGUAAAAAUAAUCGUAGAACAUGUCAGCAAUGUUAUAAAGAAAAUACAAAAGUGAUGGGGCGAUUGUUGGCCAAAAAUAAAACAAAAAAAGUUGUUACUUUUUGCGAAACUUGUCCAAAUAAACCGUUUUUAUGUUUUGAUUGUUUCCAUAAAAUACACUAAUUACUAGAUAUAUAGAAAUUACGUUGAUCUCAAUUUAAAGUCUGUUUUUUUUUCAAUAACUUCAAAUAAUAAAUAGUGCGUCUGAUUUACAAAUA